CGAAACCCUCGUCGCACACGCUCUCUGUUCCACGCUGCCUUAAAACUUCCAGGUUGCCGAGCCACUAGAAAAUCUGCAGCAGCCGGAAUUUGGCCCCUCCCCUUCCUUUUCCAGUCUUCUUCCCCCGGUUACCCCGUCGGCGGUGUCCAUCGCACAUCGCCGCGAUGCCGAUUCGGAGAAUCAGCAUCAAGGUGGCAAGGGACGAAGAUUUGCGCUCGUAUAUUGGGAGAGAUGGCCAGUAUUUUGAUCUCGUCGACUUCGACAAAGUUCGGGCUUUCAGUGUGCUGGUUGAUUUGCCCAUACGCCAUCUCAAGGAGAAUCUUAAGGAAGUAUUUGGCACCGAUGUUCAAUUUCAACGCCUUUGGUUGUUUUGUGGACGGCAAAAUGGGACAUGCCGUCCCUUCCGGGCAUUGUGUGAAGACAAGCAAUCUGUGGGAACAUUGCUGUUGGAAUCUUCUGAUGACGUGAAGCUGUUUUUGGAGGUGCUUAAUCCUUCCACCCCACGGAAUCUAUCCAGGGAAGAUCUACUGGUGUUUUUAAAGCUUUAUGACCCAGAAAAAACCCAGCUACGAUAUAUUGGAAUGCUGUUUGUCAAAGCUUCAUCGAGGCCUUCAGAGAUUCUCCCAAAAUUAAGAAAUCUGGCUGGUUUUCGUGCUGAUGAGGAAAUAAUGUUGUAUGAGGAAAUCCAAUUCAAACCACCUUUGCAAUGUGAAGCUAUAGACAUUUAUAAUACCUUUUCAGGCGGCCAGAUUGAACAUGGGGACAUCAUUUGCUACCAGAAAAGCCCAAGCUACUCAUUGAGCCAGCAUGCAUACCCUUCUGUUCUAACAUUCUUCGAGCAUGUUCAUUGUGUCAAGGAUGCACAUAAGAAGAUACACGCUCUAGAACAGAAGAUUGUUGUGUCAAAAUGCCAGUGUGACCUUCAAAUAGAAAAGGCAAAAAUGGAAUGUAACCAGUUGAAACAUGAACAAGACAACGUAGUGUGACAAGUGGAAGAAUUACAGGAUCAAAAUGCUCAGAUUAUUCUGGAGUUCUCCUUCGUGAAUCUACAACAAGCAACAGAGGAUUUCAAGGAUGUGUGCAAGGUUGGAGACACUGAAUACGGACGUGUAUACAAAGGCACUAUACACAAUACCACAGUAGCAAUCAAGAUGUGCAGAUCCAAGAGCCUAUUUCAACAAGAGGUUUAUGUUGUUCGUCAAGGGAGACAUCCAAACAUUGUCACCUUAAUUGGAAUAUGCGCUGAGGCUUCAGCUCUCGUGUAUGAGUGGUUACCGAUGGGAAACCUUGAAGACCACAUUGUUUGUUCUACUGACUCUCCACCUCUCUCAUGGCGCAUCCGUACUCAGAUCAUUGGUGAGGUUUGUUGUGCACUGCUUUUCCUUCAUUCACAUAAGCCCAGUGCUUUAGUCCAUGGCGAUCUCCGGCCUUGCAACAUCCUCAUCGAUGCCAACUACAGAAGCAAGCUCUGCAACUUUGGAACGUCUACCCUAUUUCUCCAACCUGGCACCUGUCCACCAAACCUAGCAACAAGGCUUCCAUACAUGGAUCCGGAGUUCCUCACCACUGGGGAGCUCACACCCCUUUCUGAUGUCUACUCACUGGGUGUUAUUAUUCUGCGUCUCUUGACUGGAAUGCCCCCCAUAGCUAUUGCAAAGAAAGUUUCGGAAGCAUUGGAGAGUGAUAGCCUGCACUUGCUCAUUGAUAAAUUUGCUGGGGACUGGCCUUACAUACAAGCCAAGCAGUUGGCACUCCUUGGUCUUAGCUGUGUGGAAAUGAGGAGGGACAAACGGCCUGAUCUCUUAACCAAAGUUUGGACAGUUAUUGAGCCACUGACAGAGAAGCUCCCUAUAGCCUCAUGGCGGUAUAUCCAAUCAGCUUCUAGAGGAAGUUACCCUCCUGCUCACUUCAUUUGUCCAAUACUCAAGGAGAUCAUGAAUGAUCCUCUAAUGGCAUCCGAUGGAUUCACCUAUGAAGCUGAAGCUAUAAGGCGCUGGCUUGAUGACGGGAAUUUGAGGUCUCCAAUGACAAACUUGGCCCUUCCGAAUUGCAAUCUCAUCCCUAAUCGUGCCCUCCGUUCCUCCAUUCAGGAGCACCUUCAGCAACAAAGGCAGUCAGAUUCCUGACCCUCGAUUCUCCAAAGUUCUUGCUAUAGAGUUUGCUCCGUAUCUUGUAUGUGAACAUUUUAGCUCUAGUUAAUCUUGUUAGGGGGCUUGGCAUUAUAUAUAGUAGUAUGACAGAAGAAAGUUAUCGAAGGGGUUAUUGUCACACAGAUGGUAUUAUCACAUGAUUUUUGUAACAAAUAUUGGUAUAUUUAAAGGUGUUUUCAUAAA